AUGUCGGUGAAACCGCGCAAAAUGCAAACAUUCCAGUCUUGCCUGCAUGAACGCACGAAAAAGAUAUUGGCACUUAUUCCUAAAGAACGUGCACCAUCUGAAACAGGUGAUAGUUCCGACGCUGAAAAUGAGCUUGCAUCACACUCUGAUCCUUCUAACUUCAGUUCACCUGCACCAUCUAUUGCAUCUUCGCUAGAGCGCUUAAACAUCUUAGAUAGUCCCGAUGAAGAUCCUCCUGAAACAAAUAUUCAAACCGACGACGACCUUGACCAGACUCCUUUGACUCCGAUUUUACAAAAAUCGCAAGAACCCAAUUACUCGAACUUACCGUCCAUAUCCUCUUUUCCCUUGUUGCCCACACCUGUAAACAGAAAGAGAAGACUCAGAGGACCAUCUGUAGUAACAAAAAAGAGACCGAAGCGAAUUCAAAAGUUUUCCCUCACUUACAAAUGGAAACAGUGUAAUUUUUUGUACAGAGCUCAAAUAGAAGAUUCCGUAGAAACUGAAAACCCUCCCGAAAUCUGUUCACCUUUUAGUUAUUUUUCAAUGUUUUUCUCCGAAAAUGUCAUGGCAAAUGUUGUGCAAGAAACGAACGCAUAUUCUGUGCAAAAUACUGGCCGCUCCAUAAAUUUGACUGAAGACGAAUUCCGCGAUUUCCUUGCAAUUCAUAUUCUGAUGGGCAUAGUAUCGUUACCGUCAUAUUUAGACUACUGGAGCAAAAAAUACAGGUACGAUAAAAUUGCAAGUAUCAUGCCUCUGAAGAAGUAUGAAACAAUCCGCCAAACUUUACAUUUUGCAGACAAUAACUUUGAAAACUCUGACCGAAGCAACCGCCUUAGAGGAGCCGAAAACAAAUUGGUGAGCGAAAAGGCACUAAAAAAGAAACAUAGAGGAGCCUUUAGUCAAACCGUAUGCAACAAAAACAAGUUGUCGGUUGUGAGGUGGCACGACAACAAAGCGGCUACUCUUAUCAGUUCCUAUACUGAUGCUGAACCGGUCCAUAGGAUCAAAAGAUAUUGUAAGUUUGCGAAGAGGAAAGUCGAUGUUGAUUAUCCUAAUAUUGUGAAGGAAUAUAACAAAAACAUGGGCGGAGUCGAUUUAUCUGACAUGCUGAUUGCCUUGUACAGAACUCCAUUCAGGAGUAAGCGUUGGUACAUGGCAAUAUUUGCACAAAUGAUUGAUAUUUGCGUGAACAAUGCGUGGAUCCUGUAUCGCAAACAUAAAGGCUCUGACAGUAAAUACAUGCGGCUGAAAGAUUUCCGGUAUGAAAUAUACCGUGGUUUAAUCAGCACAAAUAGAAGUGCUAAAUAUCAGAAAACGGAAGAAAGCACGAUCAAGCACGUUUGUAAACCAAGACCAGCUGACAGUUCACGUUAUGAUGGGGUUGCGCACUUUCCUUCAGUGAAGGAAGAAGGUCGUUGUAUGUACUGCAAUAAAAAAACUACGGUCAAAGUGAUGCUCCGUGUUGGCGCCUCCGGCGAAGGUCCAUUCACGAGCGGCACCCAAACCUUUUCAAUGGACAAGCGCAAGAAACAGGUCAGCUUGUGCGAGACAGCACCUUCUACCACCGCACCUGAAGACAGAAAGGUUGGGGUAGCAGCCCCCAAGAUGUUCGCCUUCGACGCUAUAUUCUCGCAGGAUGACUCACAGACGGAGAUAUGUUCAAGUGCAUUGACGGAUGUGAUCCACGCCGUCAUUAACGGUACGGACGGUUGCCUCUUCUGCUUCGGACACGCAGGACUUGGUAAAUCCUACACAAUGUUGGGGCGACCAGAUUCCACAACCGCGCUUGGGGCUAUUCCCUGCGCCAUCACAUGGCUGUUCCGUGGCAUCGCAGAGCAGCGCCAUAAGUGUGGUACCCGCUUCUCAGUGAGAGUAUCAGCCGUCGAACUGUGCACUAAUACGAACCAGAUCAGGGAUCUAUUGGCGCCUUAUCAAAAUGACACAGAACAGUCACCAGGAGUGUAUCUCCGGGACGAUCCACUCUUCGGAACACACCUACAGAAUCAGUCAGAACUGCGGGUGCACAGUGCUGAAAAAGCAGCAUUCUAUUUAGAUGCUGCUUUAGCAACCAGAGGCACUAGAGAAGAAGGAAAGGACAGUCAUCUUCUUUACACACUUCAUGUAUACCAAUACAGCGUGGGAGGCAAAGGCGCAGUUGCUGGUGGGCGCAGCCGCCUGCACCUAAUUGACCUAGGCAACUCUGAGAGGGGAAAAACAAAUGGCGGGAUACCACUUUCUGGUUUAGGAAACAUAUUACUUGCAAUUUUUAAUGGACAAAGACAUUUACCAUAUAGAGACCACAAUCUCACUCAUGUCUUAAAAGAAUGUUUAGGAUCUCUAACGUGUCAUACUGCGAUGAUUGUCCACGUAUCACCAAACUCACAAAACUAUUCAGAUACCUUGACAACCUUACAGUUAGCGUCACGAAUACAUAGGCUUCGGCGGAGGAAGGUGAAAUAUUCAUCGAAUAAUAAUGCUGGUUCUGGAGGUAGCUCUGGGGAAGAUGCUUCCAAACCAAGUAGCAGUGAACCAGAUCCAUCUAGUAGUGACUUAUCUGCGGAUACAGUAAUCUACGUAGGCCCUUUGGAUGAUGCUACAGAUGGAGAGCAUCCACCGGUCUAUAUACCACACAUAAAUUCUGGUGAUAACAGAUGUGUUAUGAGUAAAGCGUUACGAGGAUCAGCAGCAGAACAAAAACAUAAGUCCUCUUUAUCCAAAGUAGUUGAAGAAAAAAGUCCUGUACACAAACUUUAUGCUUCUCCAAAGGCAUCACCACUAAAGACGUUACAGCCAAGUCAUACCCCAAAAUCAUCCCCUGUACAUUCUGCGACAUCAAAGUCCACGCCUAUGAAAAAAGUAGGUGGAAAACAUAUAACAGAUGAUGUUAAGAGCAACAGUGAUGAGCAGUGGAUUGACGGUCCAAGAAUAUCAAAGUCAAAAUUAGUUGAAGCUAGACACAUAAUAAAGGAGACACAAAGUAACAAACGCGAAACUUGGAUUGACGGUCCUAUGCAAGAAACGAAAGUGCCGUUAAAACAUCAAGCGCACCCCCAGUUCGAGUCUGUACCCGUACAACCCAACCCAAUACCUCUUCAAAUUGGCAUUCUAGGCUCUCAUGGUAAUGAGAGUCUAGGCUACGGAUACAUGGACAACCACAAGAAAAAUAUGAUCAGAAAGUGGGUUGAAAAUCAAACAUCACAAAUUAACAAAUCUCGGCAUAGUUCACCAAGUCAUAAAACACACAAGGACCCUAACUCAAGAGUUCUCGAUGAAACUGAGAGUUCUCAUAGAAUGGAACCAUUAAUGAAAGAUGCUAUAAGACGUUUACAUGUAGAAGAAUCCACAAUAAGGACGGGAUUAAAAGCCGGUACGAAAGGAAUGGUAAUUGAGGAAGAAACCAUAGGCCUACCCGACCAGAGUACUUCUCAGAAAAAGUGUUCUAAACAAUCAAAAAAUGAUAUAGAUGAAGAUGAUGAUAGCGAAGAAUUAGCUGAAAUACCACCUGCUUUGCCAAUAAUGCAACCAAGCAGUCUCAGCAGUAGAGAAGUAUCUAUGGAAAGCUUAGAUAGUAAAUAUAAAGAAAGACUAAGAAUGAACGAUGAAUUGGUUUCAAAUCACAGCAGGGAUAUUGAUCCACAUGGUAUGAGUAGGUGUCCUAAUGAUGAUGAGGAUGAAAUAUUAGAAAUAAUUGAGAUUGAAGAACCUUUAGAGCCAGUUCCAAUGCAAGACUGUUGUCUUCAAGUUACAGAGGAAGAUAUAGCAUUUUGUAUGGGAUUUGACAAUUCUCUACCAGAGGGAGACCAAGAUGAUGAUGAUCAUCCACUGAGAAUACUUAGUCAAGAAAAUUUGACUGUGGCUUCUACUUUUACCGAUACUCUGUCUUUAUACAGUGAAGUAGAAAGACAAAUUAGGAAUGAAGCUUAUCUCAGACAAACAAUAGGGUUUUACACAGAAACCUACAGUGCUGAUCACGGACUUGAAUUGAAUCCUCAUGAAAGCCUACCAUCAUCGCGUUCAAGAAUAGACGAUUUGAUGGAGUUGACAGAACUGUAUGGAUCUCGGCGUAUGCUUGACAACAUUGACGUUGCAAUGACAAGAAUAGCACCACAAUUUCAAUCACUUUCUCUUUCAAACGUUCGAGAUACUGAAGAAUAUGGAGGUGAUGGCUCUGUUUAUAGUGAACCAGCAUAUAGACCUAGUGAUAAAAUAUGUAAUAGUUGCCAGCGAACCAUGUCCAGACCAGGCAGUGCAGUGGGAGAGUGUAAAGCAUAUCAAGAUAGGGAUACACACACUGACUGUUACGGGCCUUUUGAAAGGUAUCGGGGAAAUGAUAUAACGGAUGCUCGUAUUGCGUCUCUCAGGCAUCCAGACGGUGCAUCCGAUCCUAAUUUGAGAGAAGAAAAGAGGAUGCCUGGAAACGGAGCUCCGUCAUUUAAGGAGCUAAAAUCGAAUUUACAUCUAGAAGUCACGCCUCCUGUGGUUACUACUGAACCACGGACAGAAAAAAAUGAUAAAGGAAUAGCAAGGGUAGUUGCGAGUUCCAAACCUGAUGGAUACGACAGUGGUCAUGAAUCCACACCUCGGACGGGUAAACAUAGUCCGGCGACAACAUCAAGGCGUGCUGAGUCAGGUUAUGACUCAGUUCCAAGAGAUUCUGAUGCGUCGUCGCUCGAUUCGUAUCCAACACGACGUGCAGCUGUGGCCCGAGCACAUGCAAAGAAACACACCACAGCAAAAUAUAAACAACACAGCGAUCGUUCUUUUUGUUCGUGGCUUCGAAACCCAUUUACUUGCAAGUACGCGGAUACAGAUCCAGAAAUCAGUGAUUUUUAA